GCGGCGGAGGAGAGCGGGCGGGGGUGGUCCCGGGCCGCGCGUGCGCGCUGCGGAGAGCGUCGGUUUGUCUGGUUCCUAUGACAACGGCGCCGGCUUGGAGGCCUCGGCCGCCGGGGACGAGAUGAAGCUGAAGCGGUUCUUGCUAAGAUAUUACCCGCCGGGCAUUAUUUUGGAAUAUGUUCAAGGUGGGGAAGUGAAAACGAAAUCUAUAGAUUUACUGGAUCUCAGUGCUGCUACAGAUGUAGAAGCCUUAGUAGCAGAUAUAAGAAAAGCAGAACCUCUCAUCACAGCAUCACGUAAAGACCAGGUUGUACAUUUAAUACUGCGACUACAAGAGAAGCUCGGACAACAGGUGGACCACAAAUUCUAUCUUUUUAAGGUACUCCGGGCUCAUAUAUUGCCACUGACUAAUGUUGCCUUUAACAAAUCAGGUUCUUGUUUUAUCACUGGAAGCUAUGACAGAACAUGCAAACUUUGGGACACUGCUUCAGGAGAAGAGUUACGUUCUCUGGAAGGACAUAGGAAUGUGGUCUAUGCAAUUGCUUUCAAUAAUCCGUAUGGUGACAAGAUUGCGACUGGAUCAUUUGACAAGACCUGCAAAUUAUGGAGUGUAGACACAGGAAAGUGCUAUUACACCUUUAGGGGACACACAGCAGAAAUAGUUUGCUUGUCAUUUAAUCUUCAAAGUACUUUGGUUGCUACUGGAAGUAUGGAUACAACAGCUAAAUUAUGGGACAUACAGACUGGAGAAGAAGUAGUCAGAUUAACAGGGCACUCUGCAGAGAUUAUUGCAUUAUCAUUUAAUACUACAGGAGACAGAAUCAUCACUGGUUCCUUUGACCAUACAGUUGCAGUGUGGGAUGUUGGCACGGGCAGGAGGAUGCAUACUUUAAUAGGGCAUCGUGCGGAAAUAAGUAGUGCACAGUUCAACUGGGACUGCACUCUUAUAAUCACUGGAUCAAUGGACAAAACAUGCAUGUUGUGGAACGCACUGACUGGCAAGCGUGUGGCAACAUUAACAGGCCACGAUGAUGAAGUAUUAGACGUUUGCUUUGAUUACACUGGCCAGCGUAUUGCAACUGCCUCAGCUGAUGGAUCAGCAAGAGUUUAUGAUGCAGAAACAAAAAAAUGUAUAUCAAAACUUGAAGGCCAUGGAGGAGAAAUUUCAAAGAUCUGUUUCAAUCCUCAAGGCAGUCGCAUUCUUACAGCCAGCUCAGAUAAGACAGCUCGACUUUGGGAGCCUCAGACAGGACAAUGCAUUCAAAUACUAGAAGGCCACACUGAUGAAAUAUUUUCGUGUGCUUUCAAUUACAAGGGCAAUAUAAUCAUUACAGGUAGCAAGGAUAAUACAUGUAGGAUAUGGCGCUAAUUGAGGACAAUCUCUGACCCGACUUCCCAGAGGCUUUUGUAUGAGGAGCUUCUUAUUAUACAGGCAAUAACUACUAAGCCCUUCAAAAACCUGUUUUCUGUUUUUGCCUUUUUAAAAAUGUUACUGAAGAAGACUUAUUUCUUGGACUCAUGAAAUUAGCAAUGUUAGCUAGUUAUGUGAUAGGUUCUACUCUAAUAGCAUUGAUAUAAGUGUUAGUGACUUAGUUGCGACAAGUGGCAUUGUUUUCUUUGUAAUGGUUUUUAGGCCAGUUGGGGGGGGGAUGGGAGGGGGGAGCACCGUGAUCUUAUUAGCAAUGCAUUGCCUUACUUGAAUGCCUCUCACAUUUGGUUGGAUAAUUUUUACUAUACUUAAUUUUUAUUUAAUAAAAAUAUUUAAAACACUAUAAAAGUCCAGCUUUUUAUGUAGUAUUAACAGUUGAGCAUAUAUUAAAACUGUCUAUUCAAGUAUUGCCUGAAACCUCUGGAUUAUAAAAAAAUUAUAAAUCUGCCAUAUAGCUCUAUAUUUACUCAUCAAAUUAAAAAAAAACUUAUUACAUAUUGGAUUUAUAGUCUCUUCCAUCUUGAAGCCUUAGAGUGACCAACAAAAUAUAUUAAAAAACCGUAUCUGAAAUGCAGUAUUAAGCUUCAGCGUAAAUCACUUAGUUCCUAAACUUCAGGCCACACACUACGAAGCAGCAUAAUGGAUGGUAGUGGGUAUGCACCAAACAUUUGGUAAAUGUUUUUCUCAACUGCUACAAAGGAUGCUUCACUUUUAACCUUUUCCUUUGUGCUAUAUGAAUAAAAAUAUUAUAUAUUAUCUAGGUUCUGGAGUGUAAAACACUGCAUGGGUUCAUGCAUUUAGCUUGGGAGUGGUACUACUGUGUCAUGGUAGGGAAGUUGCAGAAGUCCUACCCCUCCCUUGUGAACUGAGUGCCCAAUCUCAAAGAAGCCUGGCUCUUGGGAUCUGCCGCUUUGAGCAGGAAUAAUUACAUGAAAAUUGGGCCUCAAUAAAAGGUCUGUCUGGCCCACACUGGAGAAGUAGCUUGCACCAUAGAGAAGAGGGGCUCACACCUUUUUAAUCAAGCCUUUGCGAAUGUAUGAACCAUGAUUUGUUGAUGUGUAGUUCACAGCUUUUCAUCCUGUCGUUUCACAUCCAUUUUCUUUUUUCCUCCAAUCCCGUUUGUCCUCUUAAUUGCAGUGAGUGAUUAAAGUGAUUUGCCUCA